UUAAGUUUUUAUUGCAUGUAAUAUCUAAUAAUCAAAUGUUUUCUAGGGGUUUAUAUGUAUUCAGUUUUGCUUUUCAAUACUAUAGGUCUUUGUGGGCCAUCAUUCUGAUUAAUUUAUGUUUGGGAUGGUUUGGAUAAUAUUGGAUGUGUGAGGAUGAUGCCGCCUGAUGAUUAGCUAUUCAAGUGGUUUCUGCGUGCUCAAAUUGUUAUUUCUUGCUGUUUUGUUUAAACUUAACAGCGGUAAGAGUGUUCAAUCGUGUCGCCUAAUUUUGUUAGAUGUUUACUUCGAGUGCGAAGAUAAUAAAAGGCGGGGGCGCGGAGCCCGACCAGUUUGAGAGCUCUAUCUCUCAAGCUUUGCUGGAAUUGGAAAUGAACAGUGACCUCAAAGCUCAACUGAGGGAGUUGUACAUCACGAAAGCAAAAGAAAUAGAAUUAAACGGGAAAAAGUCCAUCAUCAUCUACGUGCCCAUGCCGAAGCUGAAGGAGUUCCAGAAGAUCCAGACGCGGCUGGUGCGGGAGCUGGAGAAGAAGUUCAGCGGCAAGCACGUUGUGUUCGUGGGCGAGCGCAAGAUCCUGCCCAAGCCCACGCGCAAGACCAGGACCAAGAACAAGCAGAAACGCCCCAGGAGCCGCACGCUCACCGCAGUGUACGAUGCAAUCCUCGAAGACCUUGUUUUCCCUGCCGAGAUCGUUGGCAAGAGGAUCCGAGUGAAACUUGACGGCUCGCAGCUCAUCAAGGUUCACCUGGACAAGAACCAGCAAACAAACAUUGAGCACAAGGUUGAAACGUUUGCGUCUGUUUACAAGAAGCUGACGGGUCGAGAUGUUACAUUCGAGUUUCCAGAACCAUAUUUGUAAAGUUGAUACUGCCUGACUUUGUAAGAAGUUACAUAAAAAAUAAUAAAUUAAAUAAAAAUAUA